AUUGGGAAUAGCGAACGGUGAUUGGAGGAGACCGGAGACGGGGGCGUGUCUGGUGUUCAGGAAGGCGGGUGUGAGUGAGUGAGGCUGUCAGUCUGAUCCUGGACUUUGAGGAGGGAGAAUCUCCCAGCUGUGCACUGACUCUCACUGCCCUGACCUCCCACUGGACCUUACACUGGAUAGAAGCCACUUGUCUCCAUAGCAACACUGCCCCUAUAUAGGUACACCAGUCCCCUCCAUUACCACAAACUAACUUAUUAGUCAGUACUGUCCCUUUAAAUUGCUCUGAUCAGCUGAUCCUCUGCAGAAUUCCCCCUCCAUAAAUCCCCCCAAAAAAUUCUGAUCCUGAUUGACGUUAACCCUUCGCUUGGCGACGACCAUGGAGAUACUGGAAAGCGGAGACCCCGUCAUACAAUGGGACCGUAAACUGAGCGAGCUGUCCGAGGGGGCGGAGAGCGACUCGCUCUACAAUACGCACUUCUCGGAGCUCCUCGAUGACACGGCUCUGUUAGAUGCCCUCGGACAGCUCAUCGGAGACCCAUUCCUGACGGAGAAGUAUGAAAUGAUGGAAGUAGAUAAUCCGAGUUCACCGUCUCCCAUGAUUAAGGCAGAACAUAGCUACUCCCUGUGUGGGGAUUCACGCCCGCAGUCGCCCUUCACUCACGGAUCUUCUGAUGACAACUUUAGCGAUGGGGAUCUCACGGGCGAGGACUGGGGCCUUGGAGGGCAGCUCACUCCGACCAAAAUUAAGAUAGAAGUCCCCAUUGAAGAAAACCCAGGCCUGGCUCCUUCUCUUACCCUCACCACCAACACUGUGACUGCGCCUCUUGAGGUGGAAGCACUGCCGCAACUUCCGGAGCCAGACCAGCACAAGCCUCUGAGCCCAAAGUCGAUGCCACAGAUUAAACUGGAGCCGCACGAGGUCGAUCAAUUUCUGAACCUGUGUCCUAAAGAAGCUGCUUCGUCCGAUUGCCUACAACUGCCCCCGACUCCCCCCAGCAGCCACGGAAGUGACUCUGAAGGAGGCCAAAGCCCCAGCCGAUCCCUCCCGCCCUCCAGCCCCAUCCAGUCACAGUCCGGAAGCAAAGGCGCGACUCGCAGCCCAUCGGCGCUCUCCAAUUCACCUCUCCUGACCGCUCCACAUAAGCUGCAGGGCACCGGACCCCUCAUUCUCACGGAGGAAGAGAAAAGGACCCUCGUGGCCGAAGGAUACCCCAUCCCCACUAAACUUCCACUCACUAAGGCCGAAGAGAAGGCUCUGAAGAAAAUCCGUAGGAAGAUAAAAAACAAGAUCUCUGCCCAGGAAAGUCGCAGAAAAAAGAAAGAAUAUAUGGACAGCCUGGAGAAAAGGGUUGAGAACUGUUCCUCUGAAAACGGUGACCUGCGCAAGAAGGUGGAGGUGUUAGAAACCACUAACAGGACUCUCUUACAACAGCUACAGCGUCUACAGGCAAUGGUGGCCGGCAAAGUAUCCCGCUCCUAUAAAGCCGCCAGCACCCAGACAAGUACCUGCCUCAUGGUGGUCGUUUUGUGCUUUGCUGUAAUUUUCGGAAGCUUUACACAGACCUUUGACCCCUACCCAUCAGCCACCAAGACGUUACCAGAGCCAAGUGUGCAUGCGGUGCAGGAGUCGUAUGCGGCAUCCAUAGUGAGGUCUAGAAACAUCCUUUCCUUCGAGGAGCAUCAUGGUUGGGAAGAGUUAUAUAGCUCCGCAGUCACAGUGGAAUCUCCUGACUCCUGGGAGAGAAGCAAAGAAAUGAUGGCUCAGCAUCAUACGGCCGCGCUGGAGGAGCUCAGCCAAUCACAGGAGAAGACUCACAUAAUGUCCAAUGACAGCAGCUGGGAGCCCGAAGUACGGCACAGGUUCCAUUCGGAUUUCGGACAAAAUGAAAUGACAAACGUAAUAGAACUGGACAGAACGGUGAACGCCACAUCCUAAUAGCAGCUUCCCUCCGCCUUCUCUUACUUCAGCGCCUAUUCCCUCAGCGGACGCUGCCGCCCCUCAUGUCCCCGCACUGAGCCGGCCCUUUUGGACUUUUUUACGCCUCUUGUCAGGUGGAGGAGGCUGGGACUCUAAGACUUGACGCUGGCGGAUGAUAUAAGAAAGCGAGACCCUAAGGACCCCCCCAAAUGUCCUGUGAGGUAGAAGGUCCCAGGAUGAUCACAGUGGAGAUGGGAAGGAAACCAUCACCAGAUACUGAAUAAGAUUGGACUUACUAUUAACUCUUUCUAUUCAAGAUAAUAAUGAAGAGCGAUACAUUCCAUCCCAGGCAUCACCCUUAUAUUCCAGCCAAUAUAUCGAGCUCUAACAAGCACUGCCCGGAAGAGCCUUGCUGGGAUUUAUAGUUCCACUGAAGAUAUAAACUGCCUAAGACUUCCCCAAUCCUGCGUCCGUUACCUACUUUGCCCCGUAUCAGUCAGUGCCUUAUAUACCAGGAUUACGCCCGGAACCCCUUUGCCUAUAACCCCCAUCAUUGUCCUCUCCUGCCCUCUAUGUACUGAUACUUCACACGGUCCAUUGAAUUGUGUCGCUUUAUAAUUCACCCGAACAAUUCUAUGUCCAGUACUUACCCCAUUGCCACAAAAGUCGUCCCUCCUGCUGUUGUAAAUAGUAUUUAUUAGAUUUAUUCGCUACUUUUCUUCGUCGACGGCCCAAAACAGGACAUUGACCGCCCUCACCCCACCCAAUUAUUAUUAUUAUUAUUAACCCCUAUGAUCGGCACGGUGCCCCAUGUUAUUUCUGAUGAGCGAGAUGCCCCAGCUUGACAUGGCAGGGAGUAGUCACCCUAGUAACAAAAACUAACCCCAAUCCUGACCCCUUUAUAUUUCCCAUGAAGCUUUGCAAACCAGAAGCCAGCUAAGAAUUCUGGGAUUGAUGCUUCACCCAGAAGACAGGUGCCUGAUGUAUUAGUAAGGAUACAGGUAUAAGGUAUCGGGGCUGCUGUAUUUGACUUGUAGCUAUAGUAUCCAGUGGAGGAUCAAUGGUUUACUAUAGGGUCAUGUGCAGAAGAGACCGUAGGGAGAACCCCCUUAUUGACCAGUCAUCUUACUAUAAUCUGUUUUGGCUUCCUUAAAGGGGUACUCCGCUGCUCAGCGUUUGGAACAAACUGUCCCAAGCGCUGGAGCCAGGAGCUUGUGAUGUCAUAGCCCCGCCCCCUCAUGUCAUAUCCCCGCCCCUCAAUGCAUGUCUAUGGGAGGGGGCGUGACGGCAGUCACGCCCCCUCCCAUAGACUUGCAUUGAGGGGGGCGGGGCAUCACGUCAUGAGGGGCGAGGCUAUGACGUCAAUGGUUUCCUAUAUUGUCAUGUACAGAAGAGACCGUAGGGAGAACCCCCUUAUUGACCAGUCAUCUUACUAUAAUCUGUUUUGGCUUUCUUAAAGGGGUACUCCGCUGCUCAGCGUUUGGAACGAACGUUGGAGCCAGGAGCUCGUGAUGUCAUAGCCCCACCCCCUCAUGAC